AACUUGUGUAAAGAUUGUUUCAAAAAACUUCUCUGAGACAAAAAAAAAUUGGAAAAAAAAAUUUUAAGUAAUAAAAAUUAAUUAGUAAAAAGCAAAAUGUCUUUAAAUCCUAUAAUGACUCUCUUCUCAAUGAGCCUCUGCCAAAAGCGUCUUUUAAGUCUCGUUAAAUCAAAAUUGCAAACGCGUUCCUUUGCAGAGGAUUGUAGUGGAAAGAGUAAGCUAAAAGGAAUCGUAUUGGGUUUGUAUGAAAUAGAAGAAGAAGGUCUUCAACCGGUGCUUACUAGUAGCGCUGAAAAGUUUGAUGAUCGCGUUAAGGGAAAAAUUACUGAUCUUGUUAAAAUGUGUCAAAUGAGUGGCAAAACAGGAGUAGGUCAGGUAUUUAAUAACAUUGAUAUGGAGUUUCAGUCAGUAGCGCUUGUUGGCGUUGGAAGACAAGGAAUAGGGUUCAACGAGCUGGAAAUGAUUGACGAGGGAAUGGAAAAUGUUCGAGUAGCAACAGCAGUUGGUGCCCGCAGCUUGCAAGCAAUUAAUUGCGGAGAAAUUUAUGUUGACUCAAUGGAGUACCCAGAACAGGCAGCUGAAGGUAGUUCUUUAGCUAUUUGGAGAUACCAUGAACAUAAGGAUAAAAAACACCGCACAAUAACACCUAAAUUAGAAUUGUAUGACCAUAGCGAUGUGGAUGCGUGGACACGUGGUUUAUUUAAGUCCGAAGCACAAAAUUUAGCACGUCGACUUAGUGAUACACCAGCUAAUUUAAUGACGCCAACUACUUUUGCACAAAAUGCAGUUGAUGCACUGUGUCCAUGUGGUGUCACUGUUGAGAUAAGAACAAUGGACUGGAUUGAAACCCACCAGCUCAAUUCAUUUUUAAUGAUUGCUAAAGGUUCAUGUGAACCGCCAAUACUUUUAGAAGUUAGUUAUUGCGGUACCGCGCCAGAAGAUAAGCCCAUCUUGUUAGUCGGCAAAGGCAUGACGUUCAAUAGUGGUGCAAUCAAUUUGCGUCGUUGCAAAGAUAUGGAUGAAUUUCGAGGAGCUAUGAGCGGGGCUGCUGUUAUUGUAGCAACAAUACGAGCUGCUGCUGCAUUGUCACUUCCUAUUAACAUAUCAGCAGUUAUACCAUUGUGUGAGAAUAUGCCAUCCGGUAUGUCAACUAAGCCAGGCGAUAUAAUAAGAUUGUUAAAUGGUAAAACGAUGGCAGUAAGGGAUCUCGAUAAAGCUGGUGUUGUCAUAAUGGCAGACCCAUUGUUAUAUGGGCAGGUUACUUAUAAGCCUCGCUUAGUUGUGGAUGUUGCCACAUUGGGUUACGGCGUGAAGAAAACCUUAGGCGGUGGCGCUACUGGUAUUUAUUCGAAUUCGCAUUACAUUUGGAAGCAGUUCCAGAAAGCAGGUUCACUAACUGGGGAUCGUGUGUGGCGUUUUCCAUUAUGGCAAUUUUAUAAGAAACUUGUAACUAAUAAUGUUAGCUAUGAUAUUAGCAACAAUGGAACUGGACCUGCGUCUUCAUGUUUGGCAGCUGCUGUCCUUAAUGAACUUGUACCAUGUGUGGAUUGGGCACAUUUAGAUACACGAGGUGUGGGCAUGUUAACCAAAUUUGGUACCAUACCGUAUUUGUUGAAGGAUCGCAUGACUGGCCGUCCUACGCGUACCAUGGUACAAUUCCUAUAUCAAUUGGCUUGCCCGGAUGCAAUGAAGCUCAAAUAAUCUAAUUACAAGUAAUAUUCUUAACUAGAGUCCAUUGAACCCAUGUCUGUUAAGUGUGGUAUAUAUGCAAAUUCGUUGUCAUUGCAAAAUGUCUGAGCUUAAGUAGAAAAAAGCGGUUAUUAUGAGGAGAGAAAAUCAUUAAUUAUUCCUACAUUACUUAAUAUAAAGCCAAAAAAAUUUUUUGUUACAUUUUAUGCAAAAUUAUAAGUUAAUUAAAUUUUGGUUAUUCAGCAAGUAAGUGAAAAACUAUCAAAAUUAUAUUUUAGAACAUUUUUUGA